AUGACUUCACUGAACUUUGGAUUAGAAAAGAUUAAUGCUCUAGAAUAAAGCUAAAAGAAUUAAAAUGGAAACACUGCAGCAACUAAUGGACUUCCAAAAGUUUUGGAUUAAUUACCCUCAGAUAUAAAGCUUAAAUAAGUCUAAGCAAAAACACCAUAGUAAAAUAGUGCAAAUAAUGGCAAUACAAUAAAUGGAUUUAGAAAUAGUAAUCAGGGUAAUAAUAAUAUGAUACUUGUCAAUGAUUAUCUAUCUAAAUAGGACAUGGCUAAUAGAACGUUUUACACAGAUAAAUAAUCUGUUAAAAGUGGAAUUACAAGCCAUAUCAAUGAUACUCAAGUUAAUUGCAGUGUUGAUGGAAGUAUGCCUUUAAUAAGAUAAAAGAAUGAUGUUAAUACAUCAUCGGAUAAAAACCCUUUGAAUACAACAAUUAACAAUAACAACUUCAUCAUAACAAUAAAUAAGAACUAUACCGGUAAAUAAAAUUUAAUAAAAUCGGAUAUGCCACAUUAAAUUGUGGAUUAAUCCAUGUAAAACCUUUAAAAAGUAAGCUCUAAAAAUCUAAAAAUCCUACCUUAAGAAUCAAGAUCUCUCUCUAGAAAUAGAAGAGCUCCAAGCAGUUUGAGGAAUCUCUCUAAUGUUAAUGAGGAAUAACUUCGAACUAGAAAUUCAAGAUCAAACUUGAAUUAAACUUAGAAUUUAUAAAUGAAACCAGGGGUUUCUGCAUAAGGAGGGAGAUUUUAGAAUUCAAAGUUUGUCAAUGAAAAAAGAGUAAUGAUGAGUCUAGACUAAGACAAUCUUAGAUAGAAUUUGAAUCAUUCUGUAGAAUAUAACUAAUAGCAGAAUUUCUCUUUAAAAAGAUCAAUAGAUGAACCUAGUCCAUUAGCAAUGAAAUAUAAUCAUCGAUAUAUGAAUGAUUAGAAGCAAUCUUUUGAUGUCAAAAAUGAAAAAAUUAUGAAGAAAAACCUGACUGCACUAAACAAUGGGUUGAGCUAACAAAAUAAAUCAGGUAGUUCUCAAAAUUUAUAGUAAAAUCCACUUGAUGCAUAUAAAUCAAUUCCAAUAAUGCUUAUUCCGAAGCGUAAAAAAUAAACUGGAAAACUUAAGCAAAUAAAUCAGCAUGACUUAGAACUAUUAAACAGUUCUCAUAUGCUUAGUAAUAAUAAUUAGAUCUAAAGAGACUCAAAUGCAGGGUCAAAGAUAAUAGAAGAGGAAGAAAGUGUGAAUGAAUCUGAAAGUUAUUAAAGUAAUGCUUUUGCUAGUUUAAAUUAGGAUGAUAAGAAUAAUUAUAACAGCAAUAAUUUCAGGAGAAAUGGAUUAGUAAUUGUUUAAGCUGCGAAACUAAAGAGUAGAUUCAAGAAACUUACAUUAUCUUUAAGAAAAAACUAGCAAAUAAAUACUACGAUAAUACCUUCUAGCACCUAACUUAAUAACAGUAAUUUAAUAUGA